AACGGCAUUCUAAAACCCUAAACUACCUUUCUUCAAGACAAUAAACCCUUCAAUUAGGCAUGCUUACCAAUCCCAACACUUUCUUGUAAUUUUCCAACCUCACAAUUUUCAUUUCUCCCUUUCAUUUUCCCGAGAAACAAACACUUUCAUUUUUUUUUUCUCUCUCUCUCUUUUUUCAGUUUUCGCUUCACCCGCCCUGCCCAAAUUUCCAUGCUCAAUCACAUACACCGAUGGCAAAAGCCUCUCCUUCACACAGAAAAAUCCCGAAUUCUCUCAUCCCUAACUUCCCUCAUCUUCUGCAAGCCCUCCGUCUCCGCCGCAAAGAUCGACAACGACCUUCCCAUCGUCGUCCAGAAUCCCAGAGCCGACGCUGUUUCUGAAAUCCUAUCAGGUUUGAAGAGCUUGGGCUUGAAAUGCUUUCUCGGAGGGGAUUACUUUAGAACUAUUUUCUCUACUUUGAAUCAAAAUCAGGUGGAUUCAGUUAUCGAUACUUUGAGAAUGGAAAACCCGGAAUUUGCUUUGGGUUUCUUUUUUUCUUUGAGGAAUGUGUAUGCGUUUCGUCAUUCUAGGUUUUCCCGGCUCGUCAUCUCUCAUAUUUUGGCGUCGAAAGCUUGGUUCGAAGAAUUUCGUUUGGUUAUAAAGCAACUGGUUGAAGAGGCAGGCUCUGGGUCUGCGCCAUCUGUUUGUGAUUUGCUCUUGAGUAGAUUUAGGAACUGGAAUGCAAAUGCCUUGGUAUGGAAUAUGUUAGCAUUUGCGUAAACAAGAUGUGAGAUGGUUCAUGAUGCUCUCUUUGUACUUGCUAAGAUGAAAGAUUUGAACUUGCCUGUUUCGUUGUUGAGCUAUAACUGUCUGCUGUACAACUUGAGGCACACGGAUUUUAUGUGGGAUGUAUAUGAUGAAAUUAAGUUAAGUGGACUCACUGAAAAUGAAUACACUAGUUCCAUAGUUGUAGAUGGUCUAUGCAAGCAGUCUAAGUUACAAGAUGCAAUUUCGUUCCUGAGGAAUACUACAGGGAAGGAGCCUGGACCUUCUUCACUGUCGUUCAACACGAUUAUGUCGAGGUUUUGUAAAUUGGGUCAUGUGGAUGUUGCCAAGUCCUUUUUUUGUAUGAUGUACAAGUGUGGACUACUUCCUGAUUCCUACAGUUACAAUAUAAUUAUACAUGGGCUAUGUGUAGCCGGUUCGAUGGAGGAAGCAUUAGAGUUCACAGGUGACAUGGAGAAGCAUGGAUUAGAGCCUGAUGUAGUAACUUGCAACAUUCUUGCAUAAGGGUUCCAUCUACUUGGUUUCAUGGGUGGAGCUUGAAUGGUCAUGCAGAAAAUGUUGCUUAAAGGGUCUAAUCCAGAUCAUGUCACAUAUACAAGCCUGAUUUGUGGGCAUUGUUGCGCAGGGGACAUAGAUAAAGCCCUUAAGCUGCGGGAUGAGAUGCUAUCACCGCGUUUUCAGUUGAGUGUCCUGGUGUAUAGUGUAUUGCUUAGCUCUUUGUGUAAGAGUGGGCAUGUUGAAGUCGGGUUGAAAUUGCUUUAGGAAGCCUUUGGAUUGAAACCAGAUCUUAUAACAUAUUCUAUCCGAAUUAAUGGCCUCUGCAGACAAGGUCAUGUUCAAAGGGAUUGUCAACUAUACAAGAAAAUGUGCUUGAAGAGAAUCUUUCGAUUGGGCUUACGUGAGAAAGGGAAUAUGUCCGAGGCAAGGAAAUAUUUUGAUACUCUUAACAGCAGGGACUUGAUGUGUGAUACCAUUUUGUAUGAAAUAAUGUUCGAUGGGUAUGUGAAAAUAGGUAAGAUUUCGGAGGCUGUACAGAUAUACAGACAAAUGAUUGAAAGGGCCACUCCUAGUAUUGUCACUUUCAAUACUUUUAUGUACGGAUUCUGUAAAAUUGGAAAACUUGCCGAGGCUCACAACCUUUUGAAUUCUGAAGAAGGAAAGAUUGGUGGCAUGCUUGAAUUGCUACACAAGAUGGAAGCAGAAGGCGCAACACCAACUCAUGUAACUUACACUGUUGUCAUCAAAGGACUUUGUAAACAGUGGUAGCUGCAAGAGACUUUACAGUGAGUUGGGACAAUGUAUUCUAGGGGUUUAGUUCCCGAUCAAAUCACUUAUAAUACCAUCAUCAAUUACUUUUGUAAAGCCAAGGACUUUACAAAAGCAUUUCAGUUACUCAAUGACAUGUUAUCCCAUAAUCUUGAGCCCACUCCUGUCACAUACAAUGUUCUCAUCAAUGGUCUUUGUGUAUAUGGUGACCUAAAGAUUGCCGACAAUCUACUAGUUCUCCUUGAAGAACACCAUCUGAACCUGACAAAAGUUGCUUAUACCACAAUAAUUAAAGCACAUUGUGCAAAGGGUGACGUGAGCAGGGCAAUGGGGAUCUUCCGACGAAUGGUGGUGAAAGGAUUUGAAAUAUCAAUAAGAGAUUAUAGUUCUGUGAUAAAUAGAUUGUGCAAAAGGUAUCUAGUAACUGAAGCGAAAUAUUCUUUUAACAUGAUUUUAACUGAUGGCGUUGCUCCUGAUCAACAACACUAUGAGGUGAUGCUUAAUGCCUCCCAGCGAAUUGGUGAUGUCAAUUCAGUGCUUGAGAUUCUUGCUAAGUUGAUAAAAGUCUAGAAAGUCAACUCUUUAUCGUGUUACCAUUGAAAACUAGCCUCUGGUUGGCUGAUAAAGAAGUUGAAUGGACGAGGUAACUCUGUGCAGAUUAACAAGCUUCUCAUUCAACUUUGAAGUGCAAAAUUCCAGUUUUUGCUGCCCAGAUGAAUCUGACUCUGCCUUGUUCGAGCUCAGAAGCCAAGGUCUCCAUAACGAAUGAGCUUUAUGAACCAAUCUGACUUCCUUCCUCAAGUGGCGCGGAUAGUCCGCUACAAAGCACCAAAGGUGUUGAAAUCACAUUUCCAAGCUGAAGCGUUGGCGACAUGCAUCCUUCUGAGCAUUUGGUUCUCUGCAGAGCUGGAACAAGGAGGGAAUGUUCUCAUUCUUGAAGGUGGGAGAUCUUGGGAGAUGAGGGAAGUGAACAAGUUUGGAGGAUGACUCAAGGUCCUGCAGCUAAGCUACCCGUCAUCCACCAUGGAAGUAAUGAAAGCAGGGGAAUGGGAGAAUGAACCGUGAAUGACGGGAUCUCGAAGCUUACUGAGAGCAUUGAUGAUGGGGAAUUUUCCAUCGUUAUCAAUAUUCCAGAUGUUCUCAGCACUGCGACUAUGUUGGGGUGGGGGAAGGGAAGGGGAGGACCAAUGUACUUGGAUCUGGUGGUGCUGGGUAGGUGGAGAAAACAGUGGUGAUAGUUUGGAGGUUUAUGGGGGUGACUA